UACACGGGGAGCACCUUGAGAGGCGAGCCUUGUUUUACCUGUAAGAUUGAUUGACCUGAUACGUCUAGCAACAGCUUUUUCCUAGAAGGUUUGACAUCAGAAUGCGGUAAAAUCUGUUUUUCUGCAGUAGAUAUAAUUAUAAUAGACUAGUCUUCAUUCAUUCAGCCAUAGAUAUUAAAGCAUCCAGCAAAGAAUUUCACCAGACAACAAAAAAUGAAUUUGGAAAUGUCAACAAAAGCAAAGUUUGACGACACCAGUGAGAAUUUCAAUGCUACGACAAACAAAAAGCGAGUGGCCGUGGCCCACCGUCUUGAAAAAUUCGGAGACAACUCUUCCUUCAGUGCUGCAGUGUACGAGUUUAAGAGCAAGUCAAUUGUCAAGCGUCUUCUUUGGGGAAUGAUUGUAGCUUUAGCAAUUGCAGGGUUUUGUUACAUCACUGCUCAGAGUAUCAACAUGCUGAUCGAAGAGCCGAUAUCUACCUCUAUUACUGAAAUGAGGCAGAGGGAGUUGGAGUUUCCUGCUGUGACUGUGUGCAGUCUGAGUUUCCUUAACGCAACUGUCCUAAAAGAUUUCUCGAAUGGCCAGUACAAUAACGGACUCUUAGUCAAUCGAUUAGUAGAAAUGUUUGAUUACGCUCAACCUCCAAAUGUGCCUCCAUUGACAGAAUGCAUUUCAAUUGCGAAUGAGAUAACCAGCAACACUGGUUUUGACAUCGGCUUCGGAAAUCUUGUUUUGGAUCUUGCAAAAAAUGAUCCUAUCGGCUUAAUCGAACAAUGUUUUUUUGAAGGAGAUGAUUGCACUAACGACUUAGAAAUAGUUAACACAAUAAGUGGUGUCUGCUUUACGUUCAAUGGGCCAAAUAAAACUGCAAAGCCUCUUAAUGUCCAAGGGACAGGUGUGUUGCAAGGUCUUCGGCUUCAAAUCCGAAAAGGAGAUCAAGAAUUUAGCCUGAAUAAUAACUAUGGUUUCAAGGUCAUUGUUCACAAUCGUGAUGAGCCACCGAGACCAGAAAGCGAAGGGGUGGUGGUUGGACUCGGAAAUACCCUUAAUGUUGGAAUGAAGCAGGUGACUUCAGCUGACAAAACACAAUUUUACUCCGGCCAAGAUUGUGUAACAAAUUUAGAUAAUCCCUCUAACAACUUAACAUUUUCAGAAUACUCAUCGUACUCUCAUUCUCUUUGCUUGAACGAUUGCUUUUUUACGCAUAUUGCAAACAAAUGCCAAUGUGUGGAAAGAGAAUUUUACACACCCGUUCGGAGUCCUUACACUGAAAUGAGGGAUUGUGGUUCAACAGACAUAUGCUGUGAAGUCUACACAUUUCGGACAUUAAAAAACAACUGCAACUGCCCACUGAAGUGUGAAGUAGUUGAUCGUACUCUCACAACAAGCAGUGCAACCAACCAAUUUUCUGAGGUCGGUAUAAAUGUCUACUACGAGAGCCUUGUAACUGAAGUACGUGUGACAACAGAUUCGUACACUCCUUGGAGCCUGAUCUCUGAUAUUGGAGGCAACACAGGACUGUUCCUGGGCUUCACGCUACUGACGAUAGGGGAAGUGCUACUGUUGGUGCUUGGAUUGUUCAGUGACUGCUGCUGCUCCUCUUGCAAGAAAAGAUCAAAGAAAAGCUGGAACAUAUUCUGAAUUGACAUGCAGUCUGAGAGACUUGACUCAUUAUCGUAAUUAUAUAUAUAUAUAGCUUCCACAAUAGUUAUUUUAGUAUACACGAACCCAUAUAGCUGCAUGUAGCCAUCUUAAUACUGUUAUUUCCUUUCAUGCUCUGAUUAAUUUUUGCUGAACGGUGAGUGAAGACUUGUCUCUUUUAUAAGUAA